GAUAAAAGCACAACUGCGCAGACUGUGAAGCGGGCAAAGUAUACGCCAUGGAAGUGGGGAGUACGCCUCCCUGCUUGCAGGGUGGGAUUGGCAAGAUGAAAUUCUUCUACCUUUUGUUUACCUUUGUGCCUGUCACCGUUGCUGACCCAUUAGUGAACGAGGCCUUGUGUCCCAACAGGACGUGGAACCCUAACAUGGACAGCAGCUGGAACCGCUGUGUUUACUUCUGCCGGAAUGGAAAUGGAUGGGUCAUGGGCUUUUUCUUCAAUGGAACGCAAUGCUGGUACAGCGAUGACAUAGAUGGAACGUGCUUUGACGGUUACUGCUACAAAACACCGCCCACUGGCGUGGAUAUCCGUCCCCCUAAGGUUUCAAAGGAAGUCACUACAACAGAGAAUGUACCGGAGAACACGCUCAACACUCAACCCACGACAACCACCGAAGGACCGACUGCUACUCAAAAGAAGAAGAAAAAGAAAAAGAAAGAGAAGAAGCAGAAGGAGGAGGACGAGAAAACGAAUGACGAGAAGAAGAAAAAAAAGAGGACGAAGAAAAAAGAAAAGAACGGGCAAGAAAUCGUACCGCAAGACUGGUAGAGACUGACCCUUUGAAGUUAUUUUUGCGGCGCAAUUAAUAAAGCUUAUUAGGAUAAAAAACGUA